AUGGCUUCACCCCGCCCUCCUCACAACUUCGGUAUUUCGAGUCCUCUUCCCAACGGUGCGGCGCCCAGUGGCCCCGUCCCAGGCGCAACCCCCCUUCUCCCAAAUAAUGGCAGAAUCAUCCAGAACGGUCCUGUGAGGGUUCUCUGUGUUGCGGAUGUUCGAGGAAACUUGAAAUCUCUAAACGAGCUCGCCAAGCAAGCCAACGCCGAUCAUAUCAUUCAUACUGGCGAUUUUGGAUUCUACGAUGACACAUCGCUGGAGAGAAUUGCUGACAAGACCUUGAAACAUGUCGUUCAGUACUCUCCUCUCCUGCCUGACCACGUGAAGCGCUCCAUUUCACAGAUUCCUCCACAGCAGCCCGUUAAGGCUCGUUUCACCGCCGACCAACUGCCUCUUUCCGAACUCCCCCAGCUCUUGGACAAGCGACUCACCCUUGAAGUGCCUGUUUAUACUGUGUGGGGUGCUUGUGAGGAUGUCAGAGUUUUGGAAAAGUUCCGCUCCGGCGAAUAUAAAGUCGACAACCUUCACAUUAUCGACGAAGCCAACUCUAGACUUCUCGAUAUUGGCGGCAUUAGGCUUCGUUUGUUGGGUCUUGGCGGUGCUGUCGUCAUGCACAAACUGUUUGACAACGGGGAGGGCAAGACAACUAUUGCUGGUGGCCAGGGAACCAUGUGGACUACUUUGCUACAAAUGGGCGAGCUCGUCGACACCGCCAACCGUGUCUACGAUCCCUCCGAAACCCGUGUCUUCGUUACCCAUGCUUCCCCUGCCCGUGAGGGCAUGUUGAACCAGCUUUCAGUUACCUUGAAGGCCGACUUUUCGAUAUCCGCUGGUCUCCACUUCCGAUAUGGCUCUUCUUAUAACGAAUUCUCUGUCAAUCCUACCCUCGACCAUUAUCGUGGCAAGCUCGCAGCAUCCAAAGCAUCAUUCAACGAUGUUUGGGAUACUGUCCGCAGCGAGGUCGAGUCGGCUAUCUCCUCUAACGAAGCUCAGAAAACGCUUUUGGAAAAUGCACUUGACAUUGUCGAAAAGAUGCCUUCUGUGGCCAAUGGUGGAAACCCAUUCGGUGGCCCCGUCGCUGCCGCCAACGCUGGAGGACAGGUGGAUGAGAGUGCCUUUAAGAACAUGUGGAACUUUAACUUGGCUGAUGCUGCUUUUGGUUACCUUGUACUUGAAAUCGACAACGGUAGAAUCGGUACUGAAAUGCGCGCGCAGGGAUUCAACUUCUCUCACAGGACAGGCAAGCCAGGCGUAGCAGCUCCUGCUGCCACUCAGCUCGGCGGUGGACCCGGUGCUCCUCAGUUCAGCCAAGCUCCUCCUGCCGGUCGCCCUGCACCAUUCCAGGCUGCUCAAGCCAAGCCUCAAGCUCCUCCGGCCACCACAGUUUCUCCAGCUCCCAUCAUCCCUAAACCCGCUACUCCUCAACCUACCGCCACAGAGAAGGAGACCAACGGCAACAAGGAAGCCGAAAAGACUUCAGAAUCCCCGGCACUCAAGGGAGAGAAGAAACACAGCAACGGAUUGUUUAUCUCCAACGUUGAAAACGAACAGGCAGCACGUGAUCUAUUCCCAGAUGAGGACCAAGGUAAAAUCGUCAAGGUUGAGAAAUGGGGCAAGUUUGGUCAUGUCGUAACCUUUGGUACACCCGAAGAGGCCAAGGCAGCACUCGACCGACAGCCUCUUGACCACAAGAAACCCACACCCCAAGGCCAACCCCGCAAGCCCAACGUCAAGUUCUUCGAGGACCGCGGCUCUCGCCGUGAAGGAAAUGCAGGCACAUGGCAAGCUAGCUCUCGCGGUGGUGCCUCUGCACCAACCCGCGGCGGCUACCAGAGCGGUGCUAGCGACAGCGAAACUGGACGGGGCCGCGGAGGCUUUGGCCGUGGGCGUGGAGGUCGCGGAUCUGAUCGUGGAGGACGAGGUCGUGGACGCGGUGGAUUCAGCAGGUCCGGCGAUUCGCCUGCCACCGACAAGCCUGCAGCAGCUUCUACCGGCGGCGAGUCUUGA